AUGAAUGAAACAUCUUUACAGCAAAAUACUAUGUUCGGGUCCGAUCAAUCAUGGUCUCUAUGGGACAGCAUUUCUCUCAACGACGCAUUUGUUGUUGAUGCACCCGGUGACCAAGCCGUAGUAACAAAAGUCAACAGCCCUUAUCUAUUAGGCUACCGUCCAACAAACCCCAAUGGACGCGGUAUUCUGGUCAUCGGCGGUGGAGGCUACAUCGAGCUCAUGCUUGGUCGUGAAGGCGUCACCGUCGCCAAGUGGCUGAAUAGCCUUGGGUUCUACGCUUUUGUUCUUGUGCAUCGUUUCCCCAACAGCGAGACAGGUCCACAGGCACCAUUGGAUGACGGGAGACGAGCUCUGAAGAUCAUGGCAGAGAGCGGUCUUGCACCAAAAGGUGUCAAUAUUUGUGGCCUUUCGUCAGGUGGUCAUCUGGGCGCUGCACUUCUGGCAGAAUACCCUCAGACGUGGACAUCGCCUGAUCCUGAAAUCCCUCAAGUCGAGUUCGCCAUCCUUGGUUAUGGGCCGAUUUCAACGAAUGCAGUUGGUCGGCAAAUCAUCGAAAACAAACCACCUCUACCACCAAAGGAGAAACAAGAGUUUUACAAUAUUGUGCAGCCUGACGUUCAGCUUCGCUCUCCAACGCCACCUGCGUUUAUCGUAUACUCCAACAAUGAUCCUGUUGUGCCUGCGGUCAACGCGUACCGCUUGGCGGAAGGGUUCACGAAGAAUGGCGCCUCGGUUGAGUUGCAUAUUUUUGCAGAUGCGCCCCAUGGGUUCGCAUUGGAUAGUGACAAGGAAUUGCCAGUUUCGAAAUGGCCGUUGUUGUGUGAAGCAUGGCUAAGGCAAAACAAAUGGAUAGAAUAG